AAUUAAAAUGGCGCAGCGAGGAUUUCAGAUGAACCAGGACAAACUCUGCUGUUCGAUCUGUUUGGAUCUGCUGAAGGAUCCGGUGACUCUUCCCUGUGGACACAACUACUGUAUGAACUGUAUUAAAGGCUGCUGGGAUGGAGAGGAUCAGAAGCACACCCACAGCUGUCCUCAGUGCAGACAGACCUUCAUACCGAGGCCUGCUCUGGGGAAAAACUCCAUGUUAGCAGAGUUGGUGGAGGAGAUGAAGAAGACUGGACUCCAAGCUGCUCCUGCUGAUCACUGCUAUGCUGGACCUGGAGAUGUGAGCUGUGAUGUCUGCACUGGGAGGAAGCUGAAAGCCAUCAAGUCCUGUCUGCAGUGUCUGGUCUCUUACUGUGAGCAGCACCUCCAGCCUCACUAUGAAUCUUCAGCCUUUGAGAAACACAAGCUGGUUGAUUCUUCUAAAAGGCUGAAGGAAAAUAUCUGCUCUCAUCACGAUGAGGUGAUGAAGAUCUUCUGCCGCACUGAUCAGCAGUGUAUCUGUUAUCUGUGCUCCAUGGAUGAACAUCGAGGCCACGACACAGUUUCAGCUGCAGCAGAAAGGAAAGAGAAGCAGAGAGAGCUCGGGGUGAGUCAGCAAGACCUCCAGCAGAGAAUUAAAGAAAAGGAGAAAGACAUGAAGGUGCUUCAGCAGGAGGUGGAGGCCAUCAAUCAGUCUGCUGAUAAAGCCGUGAAGGACAGUGAGAAGAUCGUCACCGAUCUCAUCCAGCUCAUUGUGAAGAGAAGCUCUGAUUUGAAGCAGCAGAUCAGAUCUAAGCAGGAUAAAGAGGUGAGUCGAGUCAGAGAGCUUCAGGAGAAGCUGCAACAGGAGCUCAAUGACCUGAGGAGGAACCACACUGAGCUGGGUCAGCUCUCACACACACCAGAUCACAUCCAGUUCCUGCAGAGUUACCCUCUGCUGUCGUCUGUCAGUGAACCCACAAACACACUCAGCACUGAUACUCACACUCUGAGGUACUUUGAUGAUGUGACAGUGGUUCUGUCAGAGGUCAGAGAGGAACUACAGGAUAUUCUUAAAGAACGAUGGACCAAGAUCUCACUGACAGUGACUGAGGCUGAUGUUCUACUGCCACAACCUGAACCCACAACCAGAGCUGAAUUCUUACAGUAUUCACGCCGACUCACACUGGAUCCAAACACUGCACACACACAGCUGUUAUUAUCUGAAGGAAACAGAAAAGCUACAUUGAUGAGAGAAGAACAGUUAUAUCCUGAUCAUCCAGACAGAUUCAGCCAAAAACAGCAGGUUCUGAGCAGAGAGAGUCUGACUGGACGCUGCUACUGGGAGGUGGAGGUGGAGGAAACAUUGUUCCCUUCGUUUACAGUAGCAGUAACAUACAAGGAUAUUAGCAGAACAAAACUUCCUGAAAGUGAAUUUGGAUGUAAUAACAGAUCUUGGGCUGUAUUAAACUCUACUGAAUUCCUUCACAACAAUAUCAGCACUUCCAUCUCAGGUCCUCUGUCUUCCAGAGUCGGAGUGUAUCUGGAUCACAGAGCAGGGAUUCUGUCCUUCUACAGAGUCUCUGAAACCAGUGAAACCAUGAGGCUCCUCCACAGAGUCCAGACCACAUUCACUGAGCCGCUCUAUGCUGGAUUAGCUGUUUAUGGUUAUGGCAGAUCUGUUAAAUUGUGUGAGCUCAAGUAAACAGAUUUUAUAUAAACCAACAACAACAAUCAGCUCAAAUGCUGAUUUAAUCCAAACAGCAGACUCAUCUGUCCACAUGUUUAAAUGUAAAUGUCUGGAUUAAUGCAGCUUAAUAUCAUCAAACUGAUUUCUUUAGGAUGUGAGGGUAUUUGUAGGGAAAUGAUCUGCUGGUGCUGCUGAUGUUAUUAAUUAUUACUGUUGAUGACUCUGCUGGAAGUUCUUUAGUUUCACAGUUUUAACCAAACAUGGAGUUUGUAUCAUUUGUUUCUUCUGGGCUAAAGAGGAGAAACACAAACCUUUGAUCAGCUCUUAGGUUUUUAUUUUUAAUCAUAUUAAUUUUACUGUGAUAACUGAAGUUUGUCUAUUUUGCUCCUGUACUGAGACUUACUACACAUUUACUGUUUGUACAGUUGCAGAAAUCUAAUGUCACAGAAUGAUGGUUCUCACUCUCAGCUGAAUCUGAAACUCUUGAUUUGUACAUUUUGUGUAAUGUGUGUGCAGUCGGGGCCAGGCCUGAGUUCACCUUCAGUUGGAGCGCACAUUAACAGAGAAGCUGUUUGGUCUGAAACACUCAGGUUUCAGGUGAUACUGAAUGGACUCUGAUUCUGUUAGCUGCAGGUUCUCAGCACGGCCUGACUGUCAGCUUUCUGUUUUCUGUUGUA